UGGAACCUUUGGCACUUGAGAAUCCCAAAAAAGGAUGUACAUUCUAUUGACUGUGCUGUGCCUCAGUUGGGGUCUUACUCAUGGCGCUCAGUGGUGCUAUACUGGCUGUGAAUACACCCCAAGUCACUGGGCUAACAUUGAGGGUUCCUUCUGUGGAGGCAAAAGACAGUCUCCAGUAAAUAUUGUCACCAGUAAUGUUAAAAAGGAUGAACAUUUGGGAAACUUCACCUUUGUCAACUUUACAUCUCGAGAAGUCUUUGAGAGCAUGGUCAAUACAGGCGACACAGUUAAAAUCAAUUUGAAGAAAAAUAUGGUGGAGUUUCACGGUGGUGGACUCAAUGGGACCUAUACAGCCAUUCAGUUUCAUUUUCACUGGGGUGACACUGAGUACCACCCAGGCUCAGAGCACCUCAUUAAUGGCAAAAGAUCUCAGAUGGAGAUGCAUGUUGUGAGUUUGAAAAAGGGUUACACAACAGAGGAGGCACUGGCAGACUCCCAAGGGAUAGCUGUCCUGGGAUUCCUCAUUGAAGCAAAUAAAAAUAUGAGCAAGUCAGAGCCAUGGAUGAACCUCACAUCUCUCCUCACCAACUCAAAAGACCUUGUCAAUCUGACAGAGGCCAUUUCUAUCAAUGACUUGAUUGGAACAGUGAACCUCACUAAAUUCUACCGCUACAUGGGCUCGCUGACCACUCCCAUGUGUAAUGAAGCAGUGCUUUGGACUGUCUUUGAGGAGGCCAUACAGGUCCAUCCUGAGCUACUUCAGCUUUUUCCCACAAAAACAGAUAUAACUAAUGUCUACCGGCCGACACAAGACCUCAAUGGUCGUUGGGUGUAUGCUUCUCCCGCUGUACAGCUCCCCCCUGCUUAUGAAUGGUGCUACGACAAACUCGAAUGUGAGUAUGAUCCAGAACACUGGUACACAUUGCCUGGCUCUUCCUGUAGUGGGACGAGACAAUCUCCUCUUGACAUCAGCUCAAAAGAUGCAGUGGUAAACACGCUGCUUGAUGAGUUCCAUUUCCAAAAUUUUGACCACAAAAAUGCCAUUAAUUAUGCCAUUAACACCGGUCAUACAGUGAAAUACAUGCUCAAAGAGGACAUGGUAGAGGUGUGGGGGGGAGGUCUUGGCCAUGUUUACUCUGUGCUGCAGUUCCACUUUCACUGGGCCAGCGACGCUGCAGACUCCCUUGGCUCAGAGCACCUUUACAAUUCAAAAAGAUUCCCCAUGGAGAUGCAUAUAGUGACAAAGAGGAAGGAUCUAACACUGGACGAGGCAGUGAUGACUGGCAAUGGUCUGGCAGUGCUGGGAUUUUUCAUGGAGAGUCCUGGUGAUACAAAAAACAGUGGUGGAGAAGAAAUGCCAAGUCGUGAGGAGACCAGCCAAUCAUCGAAUACUGAGGCCUGGAAACUUCUCACAGGCUACUUAAGUGACAUCCAAAAAACAGGCACCAUGGCUAAGUUCUCCGCCGAGGUCUCCAUUGACGACCUGCUUGGUGAUGUGGACCGCGGGAUGUACUAUCGAUAUAACGGCUCGCUGACCACUCCGAGCUGUAAUGAAGCUGUAGUGUGGACAGUGUUCAAAUAUCCCAUCAAGGUGGAGAAAAGUCUGAUGCAAAUGUUCCCGACAAAAAUGGAGUAUCAUAACGUGUACCGACCAGUACAGGAUUUCCACAGCCGGACCAUUUACACAUCUGCAGCGGCUGCCUCAAAUCUACCCACUUUUCUGGUUCUCCUGCUGCUCAGCUCGUCACAUGUCCUGUCAGAAUAAUGUCCAGGGCUGCGCUGCAGUGACAAACAUAUAGCCUGAGUUAUAUGUUAUAAGUAGAUUUGUGCUUCUUAAUUGUUUUAGGAGAGGUUCAACAGAUUUAAUCGUCAUAUCCUAUGCAGCUUCUGUUAUAGCGGUAAUUGUUUUUAUUUAUUAGUUGCACUUUCAAUGUAUUUCUUACAUGGUUGUUUCACUUUGCAUUUACUAUUGUUAGAGCACUUGUCCACCAAAAGGAACGUCGGUGUCCUGGACCAAAUGCUGUUGUUGUGUCUUAAGGCAUGACACUUAACUCACUUAACUACAGCUGUGGCUGUAGUUUAUCACCAUCAAAUGUGGAGUAAAUGAAUGAUGGUAGCUCUAGAAAUAUGUUUUGUGAAAAAUAUGCUUAAAUGUCUAAUCCCACCAACGCCACAUUUCUGUUCUUCUAAUUGACAUGCAAAUAGUAAAUUUAGUCAUAAAGUAAAUGUAAUCGAUAGAAAGGGGCGAGGGGAGUCUGAGAGUCCCUGCUUAGAUUGCUGCCCCUGUGAUUCUGCCCCGGAUAAUUGGAAGAACAUGGAUGAAUAAAGAAACCACUUAAUUGAUCUCCUAUUAAUUUAGGUGAAUACAAAAGGAUUUAUUUAUACUUAAAAUGUAGGUUAAAAGUUGGUUUUCAAUACCGCAACUAUAUAUUUACCAUAUUAUACCAGAUAUUUUCUAGCAUUGCACCUGUCACUUUGUUACUAAUCACUUCUGGCAUACAUCCUGUGACUUAAUUUAACAAACAGGGUUGUUUAUUUUUUUAAUGCUGCUGAGUUAGAAAGGAUGUGGUUUUGUAAAUCCACAGAAGUUUUUGAACUCAACAUUAUAUAUGGCUCCAAAUGUUAGUGCUUUUAAGUAUCCCAGUUCUGACCAGUGCUGUUGUGCCUGUGGACAAGGCACAUUACUCCUUUUACGUUUGAAUGACAGAGAGGAGUGCCAUCUACAGUGUGCGUGAAUAGACUAAUGCAUGAAAUGUCAAAUGACUGUCAGAAAAUAUGUUAUUGUUAUUAAUAAAAUCUAUUUAUGUUAUAUUAAUUUAUUUGGUUAUUUAUUUUAUGUGUGUCAAGAAGAUGUGUUUGUCUUAUGAGAUUUUCUUUGAGGUUUAUUUGUGAUCAUUUAAUUGUAGGCCCAUCCCACAACAUGGGCUGUACCUUUAUAAGACAAAUCCAUGAGAUGCAUGAAGCACAUGAGAGACAGGU